GAAUUUUCGAACAUACGGUUGACUUUAUUCUAUGCGAUUGGUUUUCCACCUCAAAGUAUUUCSCUGGCUUUGAUUCGUGCAAGUUGCAAGAAUAUAAAUGUUUGGUUGCACCCAAACCUAGCCCUUCCUUACUUGUUAUAACAUGUAAUAUCUUWUUUUGGUACGAUUUGUCAUUUGCUUCAAAAUACGUCCAAUUUUCUUCCAUCACCUUUUCAUAAGUAAACUCACCUAAUCAUCAUAAGUAAAUCUACGAGCUUAAUAUAACUUAAUAAAUUGUGAGAGUACAAAAUGUUCRGUUCCACCCGAACUUACMGCUUCCWUACYUUUUACACCCACGCAAUAAGUUGCGGGCAGUCUAAUACAUUUGUUCACCAAACGGCUGUGUGUCAUUAGUGAGUGUGAAGCAAUCAAGCAGCAAACAAAGUCGGAAAAACCGCACUUGCUCGCUCACCAAUCGAACUGAAUGUAGUAUAAAUAUGACGUUUCGAUAGUUCCAUACUUCAGUUGUGCUCUGAGGCYGGCRAGAGAAAUCAAACGAAUACRAAGCCGAAAUCCAAAAUGAAAUWCUUCCUUGCGUUCCUUGCACACUUUGCACUGGCAUACGCUGAAGAUGAAUGGAGGCCGAAAAAUGUUGCAGAACUUAAUGCUAUCCGCCAGGAAUGCAUCAAGGAUUUCCCACUCAGCGAUGAAUACAUUCAAAAAAUGAAGAACUUCGAAUAUCCCGAUGAAGAACCCGUACGCAAGUACUUGCUUUGUACCGUAAAGAAAUUUGGCAUCUUUCGGGAGGAUGAGGGCUAUAAUGUCAAUCGUGUUGCCAAGCAAUUCAAAAUGGAUUUGGAUGAGGCUGAAGCCCUUGCUAUUGUUGAGGGUUGCGUGGAUAAAAACAUAGAAGGUAGCAGCGACGAUGUGUGGGCGUAUCGUUGUCGUAAGUGUGURUUGGCCAGCAAGAUCGGUGAUCGUGUGAAGGCUAAGAGCAAAGAGGAAUCAUACAAGCAAUAAAUUAUUAAUGUCAUUCGUUGAACAUUAAAUUAUAUUUUGUUAARUAUUUUACUGUUGUGGUUGUGUUAAUUUAGUGUUAAAUUUAUCUUAUAUAGACCUGUUUUGGAAUAAAACUUCUUAGAAAAACGAAAAUCAUUAUAUUUAGUAUUUAACUGAAUUUAUCUUUAUUUACCAAUACUACAUGCCAUAGACUAACAAAAUGCUUCCAGAGUUUCUUUACGAAUAUCAGAAGUAUGUAUAUCCUCAAGAGCUAUUGAGAUCCUCUGCUAUGUCUCUGGUAUUCUAAUGAAGCAUGCCGUGUAGCGACGAAUCGAACACGCACAUUUACACGCUUCACCGAUCCGCACAAAUUAUUCUGGGUUCGUAAUUGGCAAUUUGUUUGACCAAUGCACCAACAACUGAUACAACAUCAACAAACAAUUGCUUAGCAUUUAUUUAGACAUUAACGAUAAAUUAAUUAUCAGCUUGACGAGUGACAGGUGACUCGCACGUAUUUGCAUUUCCCCUUCAUACUCGUAAGUUUGCAUUUUCAUCGCUCUGAACUGGCAUUAAGUCGUUAGUGAUAUUGUACCACAUAUUGCAUAAAAAUUACAUAAAUA